AUGGUUUAUAUAUGCAGACACAUACAGUUCGUCAGCGUAUUUACAAUUGAGCUGUGGACACGGAAGUUCGCCAGCGCAGCCCGUGUCGGCUUAAUUAAAACAAUUAAAGCUCACAAAAAAGUGGAUAAAUUUCUAUCAAGCAAACAGACGUACAAUAUCAUAGUGCGAGGCAAUGCGAGCGGCUUCUACGGCUUCGAAGAUGGUGCGCUGCGGGGCGAGGUAGAGGCGCGCGGGCGCGGCACGGAGCCGGGGCUGGCCCUGCACUCCACGCUGCCGCCCGCCGCGCCCGAGCACGUCCACAAUCUCAUCCACAUCCUCAAGGGCCUCGUCUUCAUCACCAUCAUCCUCGGCGCCCUCCUCGGCAACGCCCUCGUCAUCAUUUCUGUCCACCGCCACAGGAAGUUGCGCGUCCUCACCAACUACUACGUCGUCAGCCUGGCGGUAGCUGACAUGCUGGUCGCGCUCUGCGCUAUGACCUUCAACGCCAGCUCCGAACUGACGGACACUUGGCUCUUCGGCCCGCUCGUCUGUGAUAUAUUCAAUUCGCUGGACGUCUACUUCUCCAGCGCGUCCAUCCUGCACUUGUGCUGCAUCUCAGUAGACAGGUACUACGCUAUCGUGCGCCCGUUGGAGUAUCCUGUUACUAUGACGCACAGGACGGUUUGUUUUAUGCUCGCGAAUGUGUGGUUGUGGCCAGCUUUUAUCAGUUUCGUGCCAAUAUUCAUGGGCUGGUACACGACGGAGCAGCACCGCCAGUAUAGAAAGGCCCACCCCGACGUGUGCAUCUUCAAAACGAACAUGGUGUACGCGAUAAUAUCUUCGAGCGUAUCCUUUUGGAUACCGAGUCUGGUGAUGAUCUCGAUGUACUGCAAGAUAUUCAGAGAAGCGAUACGGCAGAGGGAAGCGCUGACAAGAACUUCAUCGAACAUUCUGCUCAAUUCUGUUCAUUUGAAGCACACUUCGCACGCGGCGCACCAUUCGCACUACUUACACCCGGAUAGAAGACCUUCAGAUAUAAGUCCAAAUUACAGUACAUUUACGGAAGUGGGCCCGGAAGAGAACGAAUUGGGAAACGAGGUUGUUCUAGCGCUCAGCGACAUAUGUCCCAGCAAAGAAGCGAGUCCGAGGAAGUCAGUGAACGUUAGCUGUGAUACUGCGAGCUCUGGAUACUGCUCCGGCGGUUCCCACAAGCGCUCCUCCAGCGGGCUACCGGUGGCCGGUUGGCGCCCGAGCUGCGCGUCCUCUGCCGCUACUAGAGACUUGGCGAAAGCGGCUACUGAGUUAAACUCACAAGGUGCAAGUUUGCGCGCGGCAGGCAAGUCGUGGCGCGCGGAGCAUAAGGCCGCGCGCACUCUGGGCAUCAUCGUUGGCGCAUUCCUGUUGUGCUGGCUACCGUUCUUUCUCUGGUACGUAACGACGAACGUGUGCGGCGAGCCGUGCGACACGCCGGAUGUGGUCGUGGGCGUGCUCUUCUGGAUCGGCUACUUCAACUCCGCCCUCAACCCUCUUAUCUACGCGUACUUCAACCGCGACUUCCGAGACGCCUUCAAAAACACUCUCAUGUGCGCGCUGCCCUGCUGCUUCCAUUGUUGGAAGGACACCAGCAACGCGCAUUUUGUCUGAUCCUGCGAUUUUUAGUCGCGCAUUUUUAACACCAUUAUGCUCUUUGGUUAAGCUUGUACUACGUUAAGUAAAGGACUGUGAUUUUCAUUUUUCAUGUAAGCGGUAAGUCUUAAGUCUUAGUCUACGAGUAACGUAAGAUAUGGCGGAAUAUUUGGAUAUAAUUUAGUUAAUAGGCGAAACGUUUAUUGAUCAUAUCAAUUUUAUUUCUACGUUUUAUUGUUCUGUGUAACAUAUAGAAUUAGUUUGACUAUUUUCGUUUAGUGUUACAAUUUGUAUGUAAAUGGUAGGAAGCUAUGUGUUCAUGUUAGAAGGCUGAUCGACCUGUGGAUUUAUUUUUAUGGCUGAAACGACCUUCUGAAUUAUUCUACGUCGAGUGUGUGUCCUGUCUGGGUCGGUUUCUCGUGGGAAACGAUAAUUCGCUGAAUUUUUAUUUAUUACUGUACCCAAAGAUACCGUUAUAAACAACAUUAUGUCUUUUGUCUGUCUAGAAAUUAUAUUUACUGCUAUAGACUUGGUACAUUACGAAAUCAUUUUAAAAGUGUGUCUUAAAGUUUAGUUAUACGAGUGUUCACAUCAUCAGUAUAAUAAACUGGCCUAUUGAUGAGUUUUUCUCAUGAUUGACGGGACUCAAUAUUUAUUCAAUUCGACUUCUUUAAGAAGGACUUUUGGAUUGCCAUAACAUAGUUUUUUUCAUUUACCACAGCAGUUUCUACAGAAGGGAGCCAGCGAGCAACUCUGUAGUUCCUCUUUGUUUAUCCACCUCUUUAAAUAUAGUCCUGUCAAAAUAUGAACUUGACAAAAGAGUAUUAAGAGAACCGUUUCAGCCGAGUAAAUGUCGUGUAGUAUCGGAUAGUUACGCUAUUAUUUUUGUAGCGUAGAGAAAAUGAAGAAUAUUAUUUGGCUAUACUAGUGAAGUGAACAGUAGUUGCUCAAGAUGUAAAUGCAAUAACUUACACUAAGGUAGUUAGUGUGAAUAUAUUUAAUUAAAUGUUAAUUACUGUUUAUUGUUAAGUUAGUGUAAAUAAGUCACUAAUGCGUGAAAACAAAACUCUUAUAUGUUUUAAAUGAGGAUUUUAACCGAUACUCUUAUAUUCUUUCGUAAAUAAAGUAUAAAUAAGAAUAUAAAGUAAUCAUAAAUAUAGUGAUCGUGGAUAAACAAAAUCCGAUAAAUCUCAUGUAUGUAACCAGUUUAUAUCUGUUUUAUUAUUAAUACGAGGGGAUAAUUGUUUAAUUCUAUACAUUGUUAAAAUGUAGGUAUUGUCUUAAUAGCGAAGCAAUUAAUUCAACUUAUAUGGAUUAUAUUACGCAUAAUCCUCAUAAAUUAUACUAAAUACGUAGUUUCUAGUAACUUUUUUGUAGAUAAAAUAUAGUGGAAGAUUCCUUCUAGGCCUUGUUUCCAGUUACUAAAACUUUAAUCUGCUUUAAUUGGA